UCUCUAGGACCCGCGGGACGCCGAAGGCGGGCGGGGUGCGGGGGAGACGCUAAUUUGUUCCGUGGUAAUGAGAAGGGCGACUGCUGGCCGCGGAUCCAUUGCACAGGCCCGCCCUCAGAUAGUUGGUCCCCGGCGCCAACUCGGACAGGCUGCUCAUUUAUUGCAACGGUCAAAGGCGGCUCGUGCCAGAGCAGCGCGCGCGCGCACGCACACACACGGGGAGGGGAGAAAGUUUUUUUUCUUUUCUUUUUUCUUUUUCUUUUUUUUCUUUUUUGAAAAAUGAAAGGCUAGACUUGCUGCCCCCCAGCCGGAGCGCUGCGCGAGGGGGUCGCGGCAGACUCAGGGCAGUAGGACGGUCCCCCCCACCCCCCCGGCUCGGCGCCCGCGUGGGAUGCUGCAGCGCUGGCCGCGGGGCCCCCGAAGCAGCUGCACGCCAGGCCGGCGACAAUGGCAGAGCGCCCGCCUCGGCGCGCGCCCCCCGCCCGCGCCCUCCUGCUGGCCCUGGCUGGGGCCCUGCUGGCGCCCCAUGCGGCCCGAGGGAUGACUUUAUGGGACCAGCGAGGAGCUUAUGAAGUGGCCAGAGCCUCCCUUCUGAGCAAGGACCUUGGGAUCCCAGGAGGACAGAGCUACCAGGCAAAGGAUCAUCCAGAUGUGCUGACUGUGCAACUGCAGCUAGAGAACCGAGAACUGAUCCUCAGCCUGGAGAAGAAUGAGGGACUCAUUGCCAAAGGCUUCACAGAGACCCAUUAUCUGCAAGAUGGUACUGAUGUCUCCUUCACUCGAAACUACACGGACCAUUGUUACUACCAUGGACAUGUGCAAGGAGAUGCUGCAUCCGUGGUCAGCCUCAGCACUUGCUCUGGUCUCAGGGGACUUAUUGUGUUUGAAAAUAAAACCUACAUCUUGGAACCGAUGGAAAACACCACUGACAGAUACAAGCUCGUUCCAGCUGAGAACAUGAAGAACAUCCAAGGGCUGUGUGGGUCGCAUCACAACAAGUCCAGCCACACCAUGGAGGAUGUCUCCCCUAGGCCCUCUCAAAUGUGGACAAGAAGGCAUAAAAGAGAGACCCUCAAGAUGACCAAGUAUGUAGAGCUGGUUAUUGUGGCAGACAACCGAGAGUUUCAGAGGCAAGGAAAAGAUCUGGAGAAAGUUAAGCACCGGUUAAUAGAGAUCGCUAAUCACGUUGACAAGUUUUACAGACCGCUAAACAUCCGGAUCGUGCUGGUAGGGGUGGAAGUGUGGAAUGACAUCGACAAAUGCUCUAUAAGCCAGGAUCCGUUCACCAGCCUUCAUGAGUUUCUAGAUUGGAGAAAGAUUAAGCUUCUACCUCGCAAAUCCCACGACAAUGCUCAGCUUAUCAGUGGGGUUUAUUUCCAAGGAACCACCAUUGGCAUGGCACCCAUCAUGAGCAUGUGCACUGCAGAGCAGUCCGGAGGAGUUGUCAUGGACCAUUCAGACAGCCCCCUUGGUGCUGCCGUCACCUUGGCGCAUGAGCUGGGCCACAACUUUGGAAUGAACCAUGACACACUGGAGAGGGGCUGCAGCUGCAGAAUGGCUGCAGAGAAAGGAGGCUGCAUCAUGAACCCUUCCACCGGGUUCCCAUUCCCCAUGGUGUUCAGCAGCUGUAGCAGGAAGGACCUGGAGGCUAGCCUGGAGAAGGGAAUGGGGAUGUGCCUCUUCAACCUACCAGAGGUCAAGCAGGCCUUUGGGGGCCGGAAGUGUGGAAAUGGCUAUGUGGAAGAGGGAGAAGAGUGUGACUGUGGGGAACCAGAGGAAUGUACCAAUCGCUGCUGUAAUGCUACCACCUGCACUCUGAAGCCAGACGCCGUGUGUGCGCAUGGGCAGUGUUGUGAAGACUGCCAGCUAAAGCCUCCAGGAACCGCAUGCAGGGACUCCAGCAACUCCUGUGACCUCCCAGAAUUCUGCACAGGGACUGCCCCUCACUGUCCAGCCAAUGUGUACCUACAUGAUGGGCACCCGUGUCAGGGAGUGGAUGGUUACUGCUACAACGGCAUCUGCCAGACCCACGAGCAACAGUGUGUCACUCUCUGGGGACCAGGUGCUAAACCAGCUCCUGGCAUCUGCUUUGAGAGAGUCAACUCUGCAGGAGAUCCUUAUGGCAACUGUGGCAAAGACUCCAAGAGCGCCUUCGUCAAAUGUGAGAUGAGAGAUGCCAAGUGUGGAAAGAUCCAGUGUCAAGGUGGUGCCAGCCGACCAGUCAUUGGUACCAAUGCCGUUUCCAUAGAAACAAAUAUCCCACAGCAGGAAGGAGGUCGGAUUCUGUGCCGGGGGACCCAUGUGUACUUGGGCGAUGACAUGCCAGACCCAGGGCUUGUGCUUGCAGGAACAAAGUGUGCUGAAGGAAAAAUCUGCCUCAAUCGUCGAUGUCAGAAUAUCAGCAUCUUCGGAGUUCACAAGUGUGCGAUGCAGUGCCACGGCCGAGGGGUAUGUAACAACAGAAAGAACUGCCACUGUGAGGCCCACUGGGCCCCUCCUUUCUGUGACAAGUUCGGCUUUGGAGGAAGCACAGACAGUGGUCCCAUCCGGCAAGCAGAUAACCAGGGCUUGACUGUAGGAAUCCUGGUGAGUGUCCUGUGUCUGCUCAUGGCUGGAUUUGUGGUAUACUUCAAAAGGAAGACGUUAAUGCGGUUACUGUUCACACAUAAAAAAACCACCAUCGAAAAGCUAAGGUGUGUGCACCCCUCCCGGACACCCAGCGGCUCUCACCUUGGCCAGGCUCACCCCACCCUCAGAAAAGGCCUGCUGACAAGCCAGCCACCACAUUCCAAUACCCCCAAGGACAGGCGCUCGCUGCAAUGCCAGAACCUCAGCAUCAGCAGGCCUCUCCAUACUCAGCCCCAGGCGGCUCAGCGAGUGCUCCUGCCCCUCCACCAGGCCCCACGUGCACCCUGCGGUCCUGCCAGGCCCCUGCCAGCCAAUCCUGCCCUCAGGAAGGCCCAGGGCAGCUGCAAGCCCAGCCCUCCUCAGAAGCCUCUGCCUGCUGAUCCACUGAGCAGGACUUCUCGCCUCACUAGUGCCGUGGUGAGAACCCCAGGGCAACAGGAGCCUGGGCACCGCCCAGCCCCCGUCAGACCUGCCCCUAAGCAUCAAGUACCCAGACCCUCCCACAAUGCCUACGUCAAGUGAGAAGCCAGUCCGGACCGGUCCUCAGCAGUGAAGACACAAGUUUGCACUAUCUUCGGCUCCACCGGAGUGAUUUUCUUUUCUUGUACCGACUUUUAGAGUCUUUACAGUGUUUAAGACACCGUUUCUCCCAGACCUGUGAGCUACUGCCCUCGGUGCUGUGCUGUGGUGCUUUGCGCACUUGCUCAGGUACUUGUAAGUUAUUAAAUUAUGCAGUGUCUAUUACUGCGCAGGGCGCCGUAGCAGGCAUGUGUACCAUCCCGGGCUUUUCUACGGAAGAAAGGCUCCUUGUGCUUUUGGUUUUCUGGUGGACUUGAAAUAUCCUGCUUGACGGGAUCCAAGAUGAGAUGUUUACUUUCUGUUUGAGGCCUUAUUGGAAAACAGCUCCCCAGCUCCCCAAGGCUGUGUUAUGGUACCAGACGCACAGCUCAGGAGACCCCAGGUGGAACCUGGAAUGGGUUGUUUUGUUUUUAUUUUUAUUUUUGGAAUCCCUAUCUUGGGGUUGUAACCAGGGCCUUCAGGAAGGUCUUGGGACCCUGCAUGCUGACAGGCCUUCAGGCCCUGCACCCUGAAGCUCUCAGACAAAGGUAGGAUCUGGUUGCUGGCCAGCAGCUUUGGAGAGAACCUGGAGUACAGACCAGAAGGUUGGGGUGUGGCCACACCAGGACAGAGAUUGGAACCCUAGUCCAAAUAGACAUCUGACCUUGAGCUGGGCCGCCAUGAGCACCUUUGGAGAGCAAAGUCUGUGGUGCUGCUUCCAGAGGUGGGAGGAGCAUCUCCCUGGCUGCCAUUCACAGAGAGCUGGCAUGGGCACAUUGUUUACAUUGGGAACAGUGGUGUUUCUACAAGAGAGCCACUGCCCGGGUGCUGCAGCCCUCUGUCUCCUUCCCCGUUUAGAGCUAAGCAAAUUACCACAUUGUCUUCUUGACUGUAAUACAAUGACCCUGUGUGCUGACAGAUAGAGGAGGCUUUCUAGGGGACCAUAACCAUUUUCAGAUGUGAACUGGUAACCAGAUCUAGUCAAUCAACUCUGAAGAUAAAAAUCUCCCUGCAAGGCUCAACUUAUUAAAAAUUAGGUAGAAUCCAUGUUUGCAAAAGCUAUAACCACAUGGAAUGUGAUUCUCAUUGUACAGCCUAUGUCUGCUAUCCUUAUUAGUAGCCAUUGGACAAAGAACCCAAAGUUACCCAUCUGUCCCCUUCAGGGCCUUCUAUUUUCUUCAAUGUAGAGACUCAGUCUUUCCCACACUUGAAACAUACCUGUUAACGCCUCCUCUGAUGACAAGAUCAGUUCCCUAAUGCUGAGGCUUAUAAAAGGCAGACUCAGCCCUUCCACCUUGUACUCUUUCAAUGUCUGACUGGGAAGCCACCUUUAGAAGCAGAUCUUUAAGAUGCCUCAACCCAGUGGCAUGGGGAAAAAAAAAUCAUGUAAGACAAAAUGCCAGAGGCCUUCACUGCCUCCUGGUAGUGGGGGGGGAUGACAAGCUUUCCCAUUAGAAGGUAACUGAGAGCAGUUCUGAAACUUGUCUGAGUGUUUUAGGCUCAAGGCUUCAUUGGAAGGGUCACAUCAAUGGCUGACCUGUAUCUUGAAGCAGAAGGGAAAAUACAGCCUUGGAAUUUGGUUUGCUUUCUAGAAUUCAAAACUGGAUUCAGUGCUGGGGAGCAUGGUCUUCAUGACUGUGGAUAAAUAAAUCUAUAUCACAGAUGCAUAAAAGAACUCAUAGCAUGCCUCUUUUCAUGGCACAGUGACAAUAUGGCUGCUGCUGAGACUCACACAGAAUUUUUGUAACUGAUGUCCAUUGGGUAGCUGUAUUAAGGCCAAACACACACAACUGGAAAGACUUACAGAACUGUGUGAGUGUGGUCUUGCAAGACACUCAAAGCCUGACCUGGAGCAUGUAAGCACCUGGGUGGUGGGAGUGAGAAGGAAGCUAUGAACCCAUAUUUCUCCUAUUAUUUCUGUACUUUGGUUUUGGAGGACCAGGGACAGUUUUGUCUAAAGGAGUUGAAGCCAUGAUCUUCUGCCAUCACUGCAGUGACCACUGUGGGUGCCAGUGCCAGCUGGGCAGUGCUGACUGUUUUUACAGAGCCAUGCACCCAUUUCCAAAUAAGAACAUGUUUAAUCCUGAUAUUCCCUUACAGGACAAGUAGUGUUUUUAAAGGACCACAUCUAAGACACAGUGGUCAUCAAAGAAAGCAUAUUUAGCAGUAACUUCAGUUUUAACAAAACUAAGAACCAGUAACCAGCAUUGAGGUUUUUUGAUAGUGGGUAGUUUUUCUCUCUUUCUAUAUCCUUCAAAGUACAGAAACCAAAAUUAAUACAGUUCAAUUGCUGUCUGUCUUAUGUGACCACACUUCACAGGAAGUGGAAGGCAAACCUUGCAGGCAUGCCACUUCAAAGCUGGUCUCCUACAAUAUUCCCGAGUCUGUUUUCCCAGCACAUGGAAUCAGAUAGAGAGCAACAAUGCAGUUUUCUACUUCAAAACAUGCAUGCCGAGUUUGCGCUCUGUGUGUUUCCAGCUUACACAUGUGGGAUGACAUCACAGAAACCACACAAGCAACAAAUUAAAUUCUACGGGAAGAAAUACUCCUGACUGGUCUCCAAGGAGACAUUUUUAUGCCUUCUUAACUUUAUUAAGAAUUCUCAGGCUGAAGCUAUGGGUCAUUGUUCUCCAACAAAUCAAUACAACCCAUCAAUGCAUUCUCUAAGAACUGCCAAACCCUGAUCCGUGUUUGAAUGUUCUUAGGAGCCUGUGAUCCCCAUGGUGCUACAAAGAGGCUGGAGCUGGGCCAGUGAGAAGGCCUCAGCAUUCUCCUACCUCUCAGCAGAUGUUUACUGAGCACUCUGAGCCAGCGACACCCUGACAACUGGGAGGGCAGCGCCUGGCCACUUGCAGCUUUUUUCUCUGAGGCUCCCUUCAUGUUUUAAUUCUCUUACAUCAGACCCCAGCCAGGGCACACUUUGUCUACAGAUCCUCCCCCACAGUUCUCAGAUGGCCUCAGCCAUACGCAAAUGAUCUAGACUAAAGAGACAUCAAAAGUCCCAGAAACCCCUGGAACCAAGAGCUAGGUUUUUUGAGCACAUGGCAAAUGGGGAAGGAUACUACAAAGGCAAUUUUUUUUCUCUUUCUUACUCAGACCAGGAGCUAUCCCUCCUCUCCUGCUUCCUUCACAGCACCUCCAUCAUGCCAUGUACACAGGAAAUCAUAGGCACGUGCUUGCCUUUCUCUUUUGCCAAUCCUAAGUGCCUUACUCUGGCCAGACCCCAUGCCAAAACCUCUCUUAUCCAAGGGAGUCAGGUCUCCACCUGUGGCACUACUUCAAGCCAAAGUGGUAACCGCUACAGGGUGUGGGCACCCUUCACAGCUCACCUAGACAGUGCAAUCCAACCUCCUCCAGGGCCACGGCACAUAGCAACCUCCAGCACACGCCAGCCUUGAACCUUUGCCACAGCAUCUCAACCACAGACCUCCCUCCUGAUGCCUUGCUCUAAUUAGAAGGUGAGGUUGGCCAUAGAAAAUCAAGUUAGCACUAACUACAAAAUGCUUUUGAUGCAACCUGAAUUUCCCACUGGCAUCAGUUGUUUUUAAACUCUAAUGAAGUAAGUAAUGCUCCCAGAUAUGUGAGCCCCAUGCUCACACCAUUGGGCAGUGGGGACCCUUGCAGGAGACAUUUGCACACAUAUGAAUGUACCAUUUCUGUGCCUUUUGUGGAGUACAACAUACAAACAUACAAACAUACAUACAUACAUACAUACAUACAUACAUACACACACUUCCAUACAUACUUAUGUUAGGGACAAUAAGAGUUUAUUAUCAAACCACUGCAAGCUUUUCUCAUAUGAGAGAAACUAGGAAAAGAAAUGUCAAGUGUGGAACUGGCAGGACACCUAGGAAUAGGCAGAUAUUGCCAGAAGGCCUAAUACACAGAGUUAUUUUGAAUUGGAAAACGAUUUGGCCCCUGCAAGCUGAGGGUCCCAACGCCUGCCUGUCUUUCUACACCUUCAAGGAGCAUGUUCUGUGAUAUCUGUAAUGAUCCAAGAAAGUAACAUUUUAGUCCUUAAUUUAGCACAUUUAAGUGCAUUAAGUUCAUUGGCCUGCAUGCUGGGACUUCACUAGGCAGUGACCAGAAAACACACAAAUCUCAUGAGACUAGAAACAGAACCAUCAGUCCUCCUUAUCAGGACAACGUGGUAGUGCCCGGAAGAGCCAGUCAUCUGAGUGGUUGUGGCAACAACCUGAGCUCCUCUAACUGGCCACAGGCUGCUUAGCUCCAUUCUGACUGUUACAUCUCAGUUAACCGGCACAGUCAUUCUGCAGGGCUUUAUCCACUGAGAGCGCUUUGGUUAGCUCGUGUUUUCACGCCUGUAUGUUACAUGCUGUUAUUUCUGUACGCAUUACUCAUAUGGGAGGUCUACAGGUAAACACAGCCUGCUAGUUCAGUAGAAAAAUGUCAUUGUUAAGAGUAUAUUAUAUCCAAUAAACAGUAAACAGAUAAA